CUCUUUCCCUAACCUUCCUCUCUUUCCAUUCCCAUUCCCAUCCCCAUCCCACCUCUAAAGCCCUAGCAUCCCUCCCUACUCUCACCCUGCUUUCUAUCAAUGGCCAGCACUGCUACACCUAAGGAUCCCGAGGACCGUCAAAACAGAGAAGACGAAGAGAAUGCUCCUGGAGAAGACGAAGACACCGGAGCACAAGUCGCCCCGAUUGUCAAGCUUGAAGAGGUCGCUGUCACCACUGGAGAGGAAGAGGAAGAUCCUAUUCUCGAUCUAAAAGCCAAGUUGUAUCGAUUUGAUAAGGAUGGUAAUCAGUGGAAGGAGAGAGGAGUUGGUAGUGUGAAGCUUUUGAAGCACAAGGAGUCUGGCAAAGUUCGGCUUGUAAUGCGCCAAUCGAAGACUCUCAAGAUCUGCGCUAAUCAUCUAGUUCUUCCUACAAUGAAAGUGCAAGAGCAUUCGGGCAACGAAAAAUCAUGCGUCUGGCACGCUACUGAUUUCGCGGACGGGGAACUUAAGGAUGAGCUUUUCUGUAUCAGAUUUGCCUCAGUUGAGAAUUGUAAAAGCUUCAAGGAAAUGGUUCAGGAGGUUGCUGAAACGCAGGGGAAGAAAGAGGAAAGUGAAGAUGCAAAAACUGCAGCUGGACUUCUUGAGAAGUUGAGUGUUGAAGAUAGUAAGACCGACACGAAAGAAAAGGAAGAAGCACCUGUUGCUGUCGAGGGCAAAGAAAGUACAGCUGGAAAGGCAACAGAAACAGAGGAAAAAGAAUGAGGGUGUUUGUGCAGAGUUAGAGAAAUUUGCCUAUGCUUAAGAAAGUUUGCCAUAUAGAUAGAAUUAGUGCUUUGUGUGCACAGUUGGGUGGAUUAUGUUAGACCUGCAGGCGGGGUGGUUUGAUAGUUGGUCAGCUUGGGUUUGUAUUUGACAAUUUUCUGUUCAUGAUGUGAAGGGUGUUGUUUCAUUGAUUGCA